CUCAUUCCCAUCUUUUGAUCCCGACGACAACAAUCUCUAGGCCGCAAACCACAGUAUGCAUGCGCAGAAAGUGUGUCGUACCUACCAGGAUACUGGUUCAUGCAGAUUUGGCGACGGGUGCAAGUUUGCUCAUGUGGGUGGGCCAUCGCAAGGUUUUGGCCUCGGAGCCAGGAAAGCAGCUGCGACUUGGUUUGAUGAGCCAUCUCCAAGUCGACAACCACCGCAGCGACAACCAUCUUCGCCUGUCUCUCAACAAGAUCGUCGUCAAUAUGGUGGUAGCGGAUACAGCGACCAGCGUUCAAAACCAGGGCCAAAUAAUAAACAACACCAGAUGAAUCCACGCCACGGAGCUGGGAAAAAACAACAACAAAAAGUAAACAACAUCCCUAAGGAGGAAAAAAAUCUAUAUAAUGAUAUCAAGAAACCAAUUCCAAUUCUUGAUGAUUCAUGGAAAUGUGAUUUCCCUCGAAGCAAUUUUCGGUUCCAAUCCAUCUGUCCCACGUAUAAUGACAUCGAUGCAGAUGAAUAUCCAGAUCCACCCGAAAAUAUCAUCCAUAGAGGAUAUGAUUCUACCGAGCAGUAUCUUCACACUCAUUUUGAAUUACUUCGUGCGGAUUGUAUCCUUCCUGUGCGUUUUGCCAUUCGAUCAUACCGUAAUGGCACCGUGGACGACAACGAUAUGAUGAUGUACCGCAAUGUUCGACCAACGGCUCUUCUGUUUGCCACUAUUGGACUAGUUCAUCGUAUGUCGUUCGUUGUCGAUGGACAUAGAGUUAAUUGGAGGCAAUCAAAGCGUCUGAUUCCAGGAACGAUCGUCUGCCUAUCUACGGAUGAGUUCAAGACCUAUAGGUUCGCUACAGUUAUAGAGCGCGAUUUGCAAUUUCUGGAAAAUCCUCGAGAGCUAAGGAUUGGUAUAAAGUUUAUCGAUUCGGACCCAAUGCUUGAUUUCAAUCCUGAUGUUUGUUAUACAAUGAUUGAAGCGAUGCAAGGCUAUUAUGAGGCGUAUCAGCAUGUUCUGAGGGUUCUUCAGGAUAUCGAUCCUUCGACUCUUCCCUUUCAGCAACAGCUUGUUGAACUGGAGCCAGAACUUAAUCAACCUCCCUAUAGUCGCCACAUUGAUGAAUUAUGGGACAAAGAAUUCAUCGAAGAUCAAAUUUCAGAGUUCCCAGAGGUGAUGAAGAGAGAUGCAUUUAAGAUGGAACGGAAACGUUUGGAUCCUUUUGAGAUACCAUCAGAAAAGCCUAAAAGAAGGGAAAUCCAACCAAACGUCGUGGACGCAAUGAGACGUAUGCUCACGAAGGAUUUUGCUGUUGUGCAGGGUCCGCCUGGAACAGGAAAAACGUUUUUAGGUUUGUUGACAACAUAUAUUCUACUGAUGCAUACGCGUGUAGCAGAUACAGGGCCUAUUGUCAUUGUCUGUCAAACCAACCAUGCAUUGGAUCAGUUUUUGGAGGGGAUUUUGAAGUUCGAAGAAAACAUUAUUCGAUUGGGAUCAAGGUCAAAGAGUCCUCUUAUUCAGCCCAGGACACUUUAUAAUGUCCGGCAGCAAUACAGGGAGAAUCCAGAGGAAGCUAGGAAAGCUGGAAUGGGUAGCUCUGCACCAGGGCGGCUUUUUAAGCUGAAGAACAAGGUGGAAUCAGAUAUGCUAGAGCUUCUUGAAGAGCUAUCUGUUGAAUAUGUCCCUCUCGCUAAAUUCCUUGAGUUGAACAUAAUCACUCAGGAGCAAUUCGACUCGUUUGCCUAUGAUGGAUGGGUAACGAGAUUUGACCAAGAGGAGAAUCCCACUGCUGAGCCUUGGCUCCAAGCGGCCCCCCCUGUCCACGAUCCAAAUGCCAUCUCUAUUUUUGAUGAUGCUUUACUGAAGGAGGAUUACGUCCCGGAAAUAGAUGAAGAAGAAUUGGAAGAGCGUGUCGAUGAGUUCAAUGUUAGUAAUUUGGACGACACCAAAGUUACUGGCCGAAAUGUGGAUAUGAAACAGUCGGUGGUAUGCCAUGUGGAUGAUAUUUUAGUGGGAGAUAUUACUCCAUACCUGAAAAUACCAAAUGUACAUGACAUUCCGGGUGAGAAGCGUUUGGGUGUUUAUAAGCAAUGGCUUCAGCGGUAUCACGCACACCUAAUGCGCAAGUUGGGCGACCUUCAUAAAAUAUUUACACUGAUCUGUGAAAAUAUCAGAAAUCACUUUCGCCGUAAUGAUGUCACGCUUCUCAAAACGGCUCGAGUUAUCGGAAUGACUACAACAGCAGCGUCUAAGUAUCAUGACAUACUCUAUUUGCUAAGGCCAAAGGUUAUGCUUUGCGAGGAAGCCUCCGAGACUCUGGAAGCGCACUUGAUGUGCGCGCUCACACCCUCUGUGCAGCAUUUCAUCUUGAUCGGAGAUCACCAGCAGCUCCGACCUAGUAUGUCUGUCCAUGACUUAAAACAUAAGAACAUUGACGUUUCACUGUUUGAACGUCUUGUCCUGAACGGUUUCCCUUUUACAGUUCUAAACUGUCAGCGGCGUAUGCGGCCAGAAAUUCGAAAUUUGGUUAGCCCCAUUUACAAGAAAUUGACAGAUCAUGAAUCUGUACAUCAAUAUGAUAAUGUCCGAGGGAUGGUUCACAACUUGUGGUUCCUGACGCACGAGGAGUCAGACUCGAUAGGAGCUAAUAAUUCCCAUGUUAACAUACAUGAGGCUGGUGUCGCUUGCAGAUUAGCUAUCUAUCUCCUCCAUCAAGGGUAUGAUCCUUCUGAGAUCACAAUCCUGACGAUGUAUUCUAGCCAACGUAACAGUAUCAUGGAGAAACUCCGCCAGAGCCAUACAAUGGACGCGGAGCGAGUCCGUGUUUCGACUGUAGAUGCAUUCCAAGGCGAGGAGAAUGAAGUCAUUAUCCUCAGCUUAGUCAGGAGCAACAGCAACAACAGUAUCGGUUUUCUUCGAGCCAGUAAUCGAGUGUGUGUGGCUCUAUCACGGGCCAGGAAGGGCAUGUACAUUAUAGGAAAUGGCAGGAUGCUAAUGGAGCAAUCUAAAUUGUGGCAAACCAUUGUUAAUGGUCUAAUUCAAGGAGAUCCAAGUCAAUGGAAAAUGGGAAAUCGUAUGAAGCUGCGUUGCGUUCGGCAUCCAGAAGUGAUCUCGGAGGUUGGUCUCGAGUCAGAUUUUGAUCAGGUUCAGCAUGGAGGUUGCUCAAAGCCAUGUCAGGGUACUUUUCCUGAAUGUGGACAUCCAUGUCCCUUCCAGUGCCAUGCCGGCGAUCAUGAGGAUAUGGAGUGUCGUCAACCAUGUGGACGUAUGCUUACGUGCGGUGUUCAUUUUUGUAACCAGAAUUGUGGGGCAGCUUGUAAGCCUUGUAAUAUCUGUCGAUAGCAGGCCAAGGGCUCUUUCUUCUUCUUUCUUUCUAUCUUUCUCAGAAACCUUUAUACAUAUUGUUUUGUAUACACACAUUCUCCUCUUGGUCCCAACUUCUGCAAAUGACGUUGGAUUCAGAAAAUAAAUAUAUAGUAAAAAAUAG